UCUCAUCUCAAAAUAUUUAGUUUCGAAAUGACUGUUUAGAAUUUUUACCCAGUUUUAACCUCUUUUCUAACCUAGGAUAGAACUGUCACAUAGAAGAAAAUCAAACCAAGACUAUAGAAACCCGAAAUCUGAAUUGUGGCCUAAGACACAUAAGUCAAGACUCUUUUCGAUUUUUUACCAGCAAAAGUGAACCAACACAAUUCUUGGUGCAUGACAGUCAUAUGGGGAUAAAUGACCUAAUUAUGACAAGGAAAACCCAUGUUCUCCUAGGGCAGUAAUGACAAUUUGCUCCUCAGAGAGCCUAACCGACUGUGAAAUGGCAAUCUGUGUGAUCACCAAAACUUGGCUUGAUUCACAUGAAGAUCCCAGCAUUGAGAAAACAUCGUCAAAUGCACAAGUAAUGGAGGGAAUGCUACAGGUUUUGUUCAUUUCCAAUGAUGAUGAGGUUCUAGAAUUGAUUAUCUCAAUUUUAGCAGAAUUUUCUAUUUGGAAUGAUGCGAAGAAUUCCAAUCCGCAGCUUGUUAUAUUCUUGAGACUGAGGAGUAGCAAUCUGUUUCUAAAAGCACCACCAGAUCUCCUGAGAGCCAACCGGGGGAUUAAGAUUGACGGAGAAGAGGAACUCGUGGAAAUCCUCAAGAGUGAGAGUGCGCCUGAUGAACUUGGUGAUGUGGUGUCAUUUUCAAAGGAUCUGCACUAGUAUGAGCUCGGCGUCGGUGGCCAUGGC